AGCCUGGCACUGCUGUCCCACAGGGUCUUUGUGCCCAGCUACACAUCGCGAGUGCUCGUGGAGGUGCUGCGGUGCCGUGGCGCCGAGGGCUGCCCACUCUGGCUGCGUGUGCGGGCCAAGGCUCCUCCCUUGCACAACUCCACAACCCUGGACUGCCGGGAACACACUCCCUGCCAGCUGGCACAGGACCUGCCCUUCUGGCAGCACUGGUACUACGUGCUGGUGGAGAAACACCCUGGGGUGCCGGGCACUGUCUCCUUCCAGGUCACCGUGCAGCUCACAGACUGUUCCCGACCCAGCCUGGCCCGGCCUCCCUUCCUGCCCUCCAGCGCCUCCAUGAACAUGCCCCACUCCUUCGGCUCGGCGGGUGGGCUGGCACUGGGGGACAGCCCUCCACCCACCAGCCCCAACGACACCAAGCACCCGCUCCCCAUCCCUGUCACCUUGCACACCGAAGAGCGGUGCUGGCCCGUCCGACCCACGCUGCGCAACGAGCUGGACACCUUCUCUGUUCACUUUUACAUCUUCUUCGGGCCCAAUGUAUCGGUGCCGCCCGACCGCCCCGCUGUCUUCGUCAUCAACCUCCUGCCAGUGCUGGACAGUGGUGGAGUGCUCAACCUGGAGCUGCGGCUCAACGUGAGCUCCCUGUGUGGUGAGAAUGUGACAGUGUUUGGGUGUCUGAACCAUGGAGUCCCACUGACAUCUGGUGACAAUGCCUCGGUCACCUGUGAGACAGAGUCUCUGGCAGGCUUCCUGCUCUCCGUUAAUGCCACAGCCAGCCUCAGCCGCCUGCGGAUCCCCUACCCACAGACCGGCAGCUGGUACCUGAGCCUGCGCUCGCUCUGUGCCACGGAGCACGGGUUUGAGCCGUGCACCAACGUGACAGCUGAGGUGUACCUGCGCGCCUACCUCUCACCCUGCAUCAACGACUGCGGCAUCUACGGCCAGUGCAAGCUGCUGCGCACCAACAACUACCUGUAUGCUGCCUGCGAGUGCAAGGCUGGCUGGAACGGCUGGGGCUGCACAGACAAUGCUGAGGCUUUCUCCUACGGCUUCCAGCUCCUCUCCACGCUGCUGCUGUGCCUCAGCAAUGUCAUGUUUGUGCCUCCCGUGGCUAUUGCUGUCCGCAGCCACUACCUCCUAGAAGCUGCUGUCUACAUCUUCACCAUGUUCUUCUCCACUUUUUACCAUGCCUGCGACCAGCCGGGCAUUGUGGUGUUCUGCAUCAUGGAGUAUGAUGUGCUGCAGUUUUGUGACUUCUUGGGCUCUCUCAUGUCUGUCUGGGUCACUGUCAUCGCCAUGGCCCGGCUCCAGCCCAUAGUCAAGCAGGUGCUCUACCUGCUGGGGGCCAUGCUCCUGUCCAUGGCUCUGCAGAUGGACCGUCAUGGGCUCUGGAACCUUCUGGGGCCCAGCCUUUUCGCUUUGGGGAUAAUGGCCGUCGCCUGGACGGCUCGCACCAUCCGUCGCCGCCACUGCUACCCUCCCACCUGGAAGCGCUGGGCUUUCUACCUGUGCCCGGGCGCGCUGAUCGCGGCGGCGGCCGUGCUGCUCUAUGCCUUCGUGGAGACAGAGGAGAACUACUUCUACAUCCACAGCAUCUGGCACCUGCUCAUCGCCGGCAGCGUCGGCUUCCUGCUGCCGCCCCGCGCCAAGCCCAGCCGGCGCCUGGGGCCGCUGCCCCGGCGCAAGGGGUGUGGGUACCAGCUCUGCGUCAACGAACAGGAGGAGCUGGGCCUCGUCGACCCCGCUGUGGCCUCCAUCAACAGUAUUUGUACCAGCUGAUGCUACCAGCUCAGACUCCUCUGUCCUGGACAGCAGUCCUGUGGGGCUCGGCACCCACUCUCUUUGCUGGCCACCCCUCUCUGGGGGUGCCAGGACUCCUCUGGACAGGCACACAGCCACCUGUGCCAACCUGUUCUUCCAAUUACAGCCUGAUUGAACUUGUC